CCCGCCGUGGGGAGGGGGAAGCUCGCUCCGGCGCUCGCUCGCACACGCCCGCUGCUGGGGGGACCGGAGAGCUGCGCCCUGGGGGUGGCGCAUCGGUGCGCGCGGGUCCCCAGCUCGUGGAGCGCCCCCAGCCCGCCGGGGGAGGAGGAAGGGCCCGGGGCGGCCAGCAUGCGGUAGCCCCGGGGCGGGAGGAAGGAAGGGGCUCCGGACGGGAGACGUCUGUCAUGUUGGCCGGGCUGCUCUUGGGGGCUGCCUGUGUGUCCCUGGUCCUCCUGGGCAGCCCGGGCAGCGCCUAUCCCGGCAGGAAGAAGCCGCCCAGCUUUGCCGCGGACAGGCACCGUGUGGGGCCGCAUGUUUGCCUCUCCGGCUUUGGGAGUGGAUGCUGCCCUGGGUGGAUGCCAUCCCCAGCCAGCGGGCAGUGCACUCUGCCACUCUGCUCCUUUGGCUGUGGCAGCGGCUGGUGCAUCGCCCCCAACGUCUGCUCCUGCCGGGAUGGAGAGCAGGGCAUCACCUGCCCAGAUCCGCCCAAUGCCUGCGGGGAGUAUGGCUGUGACCUUGCCUGUAACCAUGGCGGCUGCCAGGAGGUGGCCCGUGUCUGCCCGCUGGGUUUCUCCAUGGUGGAGACGGCCAACGGCGUGCGCUGUACAGACAUUGACGAGUGCCUGAGCGACUCCUGUGAGGGGUUGUGCGUCAACACCGAGGGAGGCUUUGUGUGUGAGUGCGGCCUAGGCAUGCGGCUUUCCGCCGACCGGCACAGCUGCCAGGAUACGGACGAGUGUCUGGCCUCUCCAUGCCAGCACCGGUGCAAGAACAGCAUCGGCAGCUACCGGUGCUUCUGUCGCCCCGGCUACCACCUGCACGGCAACCAGCACUCCUGCUUGGAUGUGAACGAGUGCCGCCGGCCCAGCGAGAGGCGCCCCUGCCAGCACGCCUGCCACAACACACCAGGCAGCUUCCUGUGCACCUGCCACCCUGGCUACCGGCUCAGCGGGGACAGGGUGUCCUGCGAAGGCUUCCUGAAAACCAUCCCGGCCCCGUCUCCCAUCCUGCAGUCCCUGCAGCACCCCCCAACUCUGCUGCUGCUCCCUCCCGACUCUGGGGGACCCCUGCUAGCCCCCAGGGCCUCCCUUCCUUCACAUGCCCCUGCCCCCCACCCCCCCCCCCCCCCCCCCUCCCUUCUGCCUGCCCCCCCCCCCAUACCCCCCUUGCUCCCGGCUGCCACCGCUGCCCCUGGCGCGUUCUCCCCACUGCCGCCAUCGCUGCUCCAAGGGGAAGUCCCCUCGCCCUCGCCUCGUCCCUCUGCUUCUCUGCCGCCCGCCCUUGCCACCUCGCCUCCCCUCUGCUGGCACCAGGGGGCGCCGCGGGAGCACAGCAGCCAUUGGACGGAGCCUGGGUGCCUGCAGUGUGCCUGCGAGGGGGGCCAAGUGGUGUGUGAGGUGGAGAGCUGCAGGAUUCCCUGUUCCCACCCGCUGCCCCCGAAGGACGGGGGGUGCUGCCCCAGCUGCACAGGCUGUUGGCACGAGGGGGUCGCCCGGGCCGAGGGCGAUGUGUUCUCUGUGGCUGACGGAAAUUGCACAGUCUGCAUGUGCCUGGCCGGCAAUGUGUCCUGCAUCUCCCCUGAGUGCCCUCCAGGCCCCUGCCCCAGCCCUGCCCAGGCCAACUGCUGCUCCUGCCAGCCAGCCACGUGCGAUUUCCACGGGCGCACGUACAUGCACGGAGCCGAGUUCAGCUUGGAUGGAGACAACUGCACCACCUGCAUCUGCCGGAGUGGCGAGGUGGAGUGCUCCUUCGCCCCCUGUCCCGAGCUGGCAUGUCCCCGCCAGGACUGGCUGCUGGCCCCAGGGCAGUGCUGCUUCUCCUGCCGGGAGCCUGCACCAGCGUCAGGUUGCUUCGUGGAUGACAAUGGGGUAGAGUUUCCGAUCGGACAGAUCUGGUCUCCGGGUGAUCCCUGUGAGUUAUGCAUCUGCCAGGCAGACGGCUCGGUGAGCUGCAAGAGGACAGACUGUUUGGAGACGUGUCCUCACCCCAUUCAAAUCCCUGGCCAGUGCUGCCCGGAUUGCUCAGCAGGCUGCACCUACAUGGGAAGGAUCUUCUUCAACAACGAAACCUUCCCUUCCGCCCUAGACCCCUGCCUCAGCUGCAUCUGCCUGCUGGGCUCCGUGGCUUGUUCCCCUGUAGACUGUAUCAUCUUCUGUAUGUACCCGUUCCACCCGGAGGGAGAAUGCUGCCCUGUCUGUUAUGAUUGUAACUACGAAGGCAGGAAGGUGGUGAAUGGACAGAUGUUUGUACCGGAGGGUGAGCCCUGCAUUCACUGCAUUUGCCAGUUGGGGGAGGUGAGCUGCGAGAGGAGGCCCUGUGCCCGCUCCUGCACUGAGCCCUCGGCGCUCCCUGCCGCCUGCUGCCCUGCCUGCCAAGAUGCUCCAGUCCCUCUGGAGGGCAGCCCUGUCCUUGUCCACGCAGAGGACGCAGAGGCUGGGAAAUCCCCAUCCCGCAAUCCCAGAGAGAACUCCAUUGACCAGCCCAGGGCCAGUGACUGCCGCCUCUGCCCCAGUUCCCCGGCUCCUGCUUCUCCCAGCCCAGAGCUCCUCGCAAGAAGGAACACGCCCCGCUGGGACGCUGGGCCCGUGAACACGGCUGGGCCCCCUCCGGCUGGGCCCCCUCCAGCUGGGCCAGGGUCCUUGGGAUCCCGUAUGGCUCCCUCGGGGCCUUCUCUGCGCCCCACUGUUCUGAUAGAAACCUCUGGGCUGGUGACUGCAGUUCCAAGCCCCAAUCAGCCCCCUUCACCCACCCCUGCAGGGCCCAGAACUGCCCCUGGAUCCUCAUCCCCAGCGCCGGCUUGGUCCCUGCUCCUCAGAAGCAUUCAACGCUCCCAUCAGAGGGCGGAGCCCCCCCGUGUGAGGAGAGCACGCCUGGCCAGCCAGCUGCGUAGUGCCCCUCGCCGAGGGGAUGGGGAGCGCCCGGCCCGUUGCAGCAGCGUGAGGAGGAGGAGGAAACUGACAGGAGAGAUGAGCUUGAUCGAACGGGGUGGGGGAGGGAAAGGAGGCAUCACGUUGUUCUGAGCGGCGUGUAUGGGAAGAACCACUGCCUCUUCCCCUGCCCGUGCCUCGCCUGCUCCCUCCCCAGAUCCUGCUAGACAGCAGAUGCCUCAGAAGGGGCAACGUGUGGGCGGCUCCACACCCCGCUGGUGGGGAGGAGAUGGCUUGGCCCCGGCCCGGCUGCCUGAGUAAUCCCAGGAGAUGAGGGGUGCCAUGAUGCUCUGGGAGGACAUGGUGCCUAGCUGAGAUACCAUGACUCAAGAUUUUCCAGGCAUGUGCGAGUUGCCAGCCUCCUUACAACCAAAGUGUGGGAGGAGAUGGGGAAGGGCCGAGAGCAUGCCCAGCUCCCUGCAUCGGGUGGGACGCGCCCAUCUGGUCCCAGGGGAUGAUCCCUGUGCAGGGCUCCUGAGACAGGUGAAUCGCCCCACCCUUUGGGGUGGUCCCUGCCUCAGCCAGGCCCAGGGCCCCUGGAUCCAGCCCUGAGAUCUCCCGCCACUUCUUGCAGACUCGUGUUUAAACCGUAGAGCUGAGAUUUCAAAACUUCCUAAGGAAUUUGAACACCCAGUUCCCAACUGGGCAUCCGGAUCCCCUGGGCCACUUUGCAAUUCCCACCCUAGAUUCCUUGGGGCUGCUGGGAGGCUUUCCCAAGCUACCCCUGAUGGACUGGUAUCUGAUCGCCCAUCAGGGCCAGCCUGCCCGUUCUACGGUGAAUAGUAAUAAAGUUUUCCCUACUAAUCCAAGCAUUCCCUGCUGCCACCUACAGCUGGCUCUGGCCAUGGGGACGAGUACAAACUGAGUGGGCUCAGCAACCCUAGGGCUGAUACCCUUAGUGGUGGGGUGAUGGCCUGGAGGUGGCAGGUUCUUCCUCUCCUACCACCAUCUCCUCAGCCACUCCUGGAUUUGGCAAUUCGUGCAGUGGCUGAUCUCAGCAGGGGAGGGGCUACAGGUGUCUGAUGUGAAGGGGACGUAGAGCGGGGAGCCUGUUGCCGGCUUGUUCUCCCCAAGCAACUUCACUCAGCUCCUGGCUAGGAGGGGGGAGAGGAUGGGUCCCUGCAGGACCCCGUGGCUGGGAGCAGGUGUCUUCUAUGUGGUCUGGGAGGAACGAUCUCAGCCUUAGACAAGUUUUUUCCCCAGUGCAUGGGGAGCUCACAUAGACUUUGCUCAUUCCUCUGCGAUGGGUGAAGGAUUCCAGAUCCCAGGCCUGUCAACCAGCGCCCCAGACUAAAGUUGUUUCACUUAGUGUGUAAUACCAGCUGUCACCACUGGGUGUCAACACAGGCUGAAAUAUUUCCUCAGGGACGGCCAUCAGACAGAAUCCAACCUGACCAUCCGUCCCUGGCUUCCGGAAGGAGCUGCUUAUGUUCUGAGUUGAACAGGCAAGUCCCCUCUUCUUCACCCAUGCAGACGGGCACCCGGGGCUGUGGCCGCCACCCUUGGGCACCUGUGUCUUCCCUCUGCCUGCACAAAUGUAGGAUUUGGGCUCACACGUCUGAACUUUGGGCCAAAACUGCUAAUCAGUUGCACACGGAGAUCCGAACCCUCACUGGAUUUGCCGCACCUCAAUCUCCCCUCCUAGGCCCUAUCUCCAGCCUAGUUCCAACUCCAGUCCCAGCAGGACCCCAGGUCACAGGGUGGGGUAAUUUAUUAUUUGUUUGUAUUGUGAUGGUAUCUAGGAGCUCCAGUCACAGGCCAAGCCCCCACUGGGCUAGGAGCUGUACAAGCACAGAACAGAAAGGCAGUCCCUGUCCCCCAUGAGCUGAUAAGCUAUAAACAAAGAGGCAGACAGACUGACAGACUGGGAAACACAAGGAGACAAUACAGCUCCGCAUGAUAGCAUAUGCUGUCAGCAUUGCAGCAGCCUGGCCAUGGCCAAGUUCUUUGUAGGGUUGUGAAGCAGAGUUGGGAUUGGGGUUAGGAUUAGGAUUAAAGUCCUUUGGGGCUAUUCUGUGGUUAGCAUUGGAGUCCGUUGGGGCCAGCGCUAGGGUUAGGGUUCGCUAUAAGGUUAUAGUUGGGCUAGGAGCUAGAACAACGUGAGAGGGUGAAACAUUACAGUCAGUGGGCUAGGAUUUAGAUUUACCACCAUAACCUAACCUUGACAUCUUACCCUGCACUGUACUAGCCUCGUUCCAGUGCACAGCAUUGCCAGCAUCCCUUUCCCAGCCGCUCCCCAUAAUAUUUACCCUCGGUGAAUAUCAGCCCCCAACUGGUCAUGUGCAAAAAAAUUCCAAAACACAAGGCCUUAACGCAAACAUUGUGAAUGUUUAAUUACACCCCAAGGGAGUGAAAAUUCCCAGCUAGUGUGAACAUUUGCUUUGGUUCUAAAAUAAGACUCUCAGAGAGCAAAAUUGGGCACAUUUUCACUUUUUUUUUUUUUUACAAAGUAUUUUUGAAGCAAAAAUGCAACUUUUUGAAAAGGAAAACCAUUUAAGGUCAGAAUUUCAGUGUUUCUUUCAGGCAGAAAUCAACUUUGUCAAGAAGCGGGGAAGUUUUAGAAUUUGAGUGUCCCUGAUGUGAAAGUGGCCAGGCCUUGGACCCACACACACAGAGAUAUUUGUGUGUCCGUGAAAUGUUGUGGGUUUUUUUUGUGCCAUGCACAAGGAGCCUGUGGAACUCACUGGCACAAUAAAUCUUUGAGUCCAAGUGUUUAGCAGGAUCCCCAAAAGGGUCCAUCAGACAUUUACCUGGAUAAUGAGAGAGAUGUUAGUAGGGGGUUUAAAAAAGUGUGGAAGGGCUAAACACCCUCAUGAUUUCAAGGUGUAAAGGCAACCUUGAACAGAGGCCAGGAAGAGACUUGUGCCAUGGGCAGGUGUGGGAUUUCUGCUGGUACCGGCUAUUGUCUGAGACAGAACACUGGGCAAGAUGGACAAUGGGCUGUUCACUGAUCACUGAAAGAGAUACUAAUUCUUCAGUGACCCACUUCCAACUGCCUCUGGUGAACAGAACAUGGGCUUCUGCAGUGCCCCUCUUCCAAACUUCCUGGUGGGGAAGCUAAACUGUUACAGAUACAGUUCCCAAGACCACAUCUUCCUUUCCCAAUAAAAACUUAAUAAUGGUGCUACCCUCUUUUGACCCGAGUGGCAAGUCAACGUCUGGGUUGUUUCCAUUAGGAGGAGACAUUGGUGGUGGAGUCAGAUAUCUUUGAUGCAAGCCUGCCUAUUUACACAGAAUGUACAAAGGUCUCUUUCUCUGAACACAGGAGAAAUCAAACAACAGGAGACUGUUUCUGUGCUGCCAGCUCUGAGGCCCUUUCAGCCAGCACUCUGCCCAAAACCUCUCUCUAGGCUUUGCAAAGGGUCAUGCUCAGUGCUUGUUCAGCUUGUGUCUGAAGCUUUCUUGCUGCCUUCCUGCUUCUCUGGUGUGUUUGUUGCUUCUCUCUCACACAGACUCCUCCACCAACCAACACCCAGCAAAACUCCUCUGCCCAUGUGCAGACCCUCCUGUGCCUUUGUUUUGGCAGGAGACCACUGUUAUUUUUAUAAAGGAGCUUAACCGUUUCUAUUAUCUUAAAUGAAGGGUGGUGGUUAUACCUACCAGUUUCAAGGAAGUUAAACCUGACAUAUAACAGGUGUCAAAAUUAAAACCAACCCCGACUACUUGGCAACCGGGCAGCUCCCAAUCAGCUCCAGGGUGCUAGACAGCAGGACUGGCACAUGUCAUGAGUGUGAUUCAUUAAAGCCCAUGAGCAUCUUCAGGCUGGGGAGCUACAGCACAGGUAGUUCAUUAGGAAAUAGCAGGGGAGCACAAAGCUAAAGUCUGGCUACUGGGCCAGACUUGGCUGCACUCCUGGCCCAGUGUGCUAUAGACGGGGGCCUGCUGGGAUAAGCAAUUAACACCAGGGGAAGGAUGAGUUUUUUUGACAUGACUGGGAAUGAAGCUGUCUAUGCUGAGCUACAGCCUCAACGAAAGGACCUGGUACUGGCCAGAUCUGACCGUGCUACAUUGCAUAUGGAAAAGUCUCUUUUCCCUAGAGUUUGGUUGAGCAGAGCUGGCCUGGAAUGAAAGAGUGCUCCCGGAAACCGCCCUAUUCAGGUGUCCCUUGGUGCUGCACAUUGCUGGCACCAGGAAUUUGGUGCUAGUCUCGUUAAUGGGCAGAAUUUAUUUUCCAUGCCCCCCUUGAAAGCUUUCAACAAAGAUGCAAAAUGGAUCACAGGUUUCAAGAAGGGAGGUUGGGUAGAAAUAUCUGAUGCCUAUGUAAGCAGGGUCUGAAUGAAUGCUUCCCUGACAGCUAGCUGGGAGGAGGAGAGACUUUGGGUGUGUUUAUGUAAAUACAGUUUGCUCCUGAUCUGCUUACAUAUUUAGCAGAUACAGCAGUGUCAUGGUGAUCAAUUUUGGCUGGUGUUGGGUACAAAUCACCUUAGUACUGAAUGCAGGUUUAGUGAAAUAUGUUUACCAAUGUUGUAAUCAUUGUAGAAAUACAGGAAAGCAGGACUAUGUUUAACCUGUCCCGGGGGCCACCCUCAGCUGAAAGAUCCUUGUUAAGCCAUGGGCUCAAAUGUCAGAGCCCUGUGAAAGUAAGAGAGGUGGGAAUAGAUAUCUUAGCUAGGGGCUGUACAACCUCAUCAAGGGUCCUUAUUAGGUUGGUUUAACCUGUUCCUCCCCAGUGUUCAAUGAAUAGAGCUAAAUGGGCUUCAUUAGCAGCCUCUUUGUUAUGUUAAAUGCCCAAUCAGACCUGAAAUCAGUUGUGGUAGGACUGUGUUUCUGCCCUGCCUGCUCAGAGCUAAAAAUCACUGAGAGCUGAAAUCACUUGAGCUGUGGCAGUGUUUCUGUCCAGCCUGCAAAGAACUGAAAACUACUAAGAGACUGAUGUGCAGAGGUCACAGCAGAGAGGCAGAUGGCAGCAGAAGGUGACUGACAGCUGGUGAAUGAGUGGCUGGUGUGGUAGAGAGGUGCGAUGAGUGCCCAGCGCAGGAGCAGCCAGUGAGUGGCCAGCAGGGUGACUGGCAGAGAGGGAUGGCGAGCGAGUGCCUGAGCAGCAUAGCGAGUAAGGUACCUCUUUACCCCACCCGGGAGGAGGUGAACUCUGCAGAUGCACCUCUGCAGGGCCGGCUUUAGGGCAAUUCAGCCGAUUCGACU